GCGGCAGUCUUCUUUCAGAGCUUGGAUCGAGCUAAUCUUUAUACAACAUCCAACAUCUUGAAGUUGUUUUUUAAUUGUUUAUAGGAAUUCCUAUUUGUAUUCCGAAAUGCGAUCUUCGCCUCAAUAUAUUUAAAAAAAAAAAAAACAAAGUUGUGAGAUGAAUUCGACGGUUCGAAGUGUGUGUCCGUUGUGCAUUUUAAUUUUAUUCACUCUCUUCGGCUUACAUCAAGCAGCAGUCAAUAUUGUUACUACAAAGCAAUGGAACCUGCUAAUGUUUAACUUACCAUCAGACUUUCCGGGAAACGAUUCACAAUUUUACAAUCCACAUAAUGUGGUGGCAACUGGUUUUGCAAUGGCAGGAAACCGAUUCUUUUUAGCUACGCCUCGAUUGUUCUCCGGUGUACCGGCAACACUCUCAAGUAUUCCGAUGGGAGAUAUGAUCGGUGAUUCGCCAAUUUUACGAGCUUAUCCUAACUGGGCUCACCAUACGGCUGGAAAAGGAGCGUACAAAUGUUCGACCGUUGGUUUGGUAUCAGUCUAUCGAAUUAGGAUAGAUUCCUGUAAUCGACUGUGGGCAUUGGAUGCAGGCAUUUCUAGGUCGUUUGAAGAUUCAGAGGUAACAUGCCCACCGAAAAUCUUAAUUUACGAUCUCAAAACUGAUCAAGUUGUUCGUAGAAUCGAUUUUCCUCGUGAAGUGGUAAAAGGCGAAACACUUUUUACCAAUAUGAUCAUCGAUGAAACGACUUCCAGACCGGAAAAUAACUGUGACGAUGCUUAUGUCUAUAUAACCGAUACGAUUAAACCAGCAAUUGUGGUCUACGAUAGCAGGCAUGACUUGACAUGGAGACUAUCACAUCCAACUAUGUACCCAGAUCCUAAUUUCGCAAAGCCAAAUAUCCUUGGACACCGGUUUACACUCAUGGAUGGCAUAGUGGGACUGGGUUUUGACGCACAUGCCGAAGUAAUAUAUUUUCAGCCACUAGCCACAGAUCGAUUGUUUUCGAUAAAAACGUCCGUCCUCCGAGCAGGUCCAUCACCGUUCGGUGUAGAUUUGCCUGUUAAUUUAAUUGGAAAAAAGUCGUCACAAGGGAUCGGUUUGGCUGUAUCACCAAUUGAUGGUUCAAUCUACUUUAGUCCGAUGAGCGAAACCGCUGUUGCGAAAUAUAAUCCUGUUACGAAUAACCAGAGUGUUCUGGCCUUCGAUGCAGAACAGCUCCAAUUUGUUGCUGACAUGCGCAUUUCAUCACAAAAUCCGUCCGCCAUUUACGUUCUCUCUUCAAAGUUUCAUAGAUUUUUUCUGAAGAAUGUGGUACCCACCGAGGUCAAUACCAGGCUAAUACGUAUCGACGAUGUUGCAACGCAUCAGAGAAUUCAAUUAUCGACUCCAAAUGUGAACAGUAACUUAUCUGGCAACAGUUCACAUCGUUCACAUCAACGGAAUUCACAAGUGGACGUGGUCAGGAGACCUGUUGAAAAUUCAUUUUUGUCAUUUAUCAACAAUAACAGACCCAUAACGAUGGCUUACAAACGCAUAAAAGCUCCAGGGUAUAGAUUUGCAAGAAAUGAAAACUACUACAACGUAAAAUUGGGUGAUUUCAGCGGUUUGAGGAUAGCAAAAAAUGUGUCAUAUGAUGUAUCGACAUUCCAUUGAAAAUAAAAUCUGGGUCCGAGAGAAAA